AUGUCAACGCAAUUUUUCAACAAUUCAAUUCUAGCAAUGAAUAAAACAUCAUCAUCAUCAUCAUCAAUUACCUUAUGGGUACCACCAAUACGAGGUGCACAUAUUUUUGGUACAAUAUUUAUCGGAUGUGGUGUAGCAGCGUUUAUUUUCAAUGUUACUAUCAUGAUAACACUUUGUCAUUUAAAGCGGAAUAUAUUGUCACAUGUUUUCUAUUUGCUUAUCUUCAAUUUUGCAAUCUUUGAUCUCCUUAAAAGUACAUGCUCAGUAAUAUGGGCAUUAAAGAUGUUACCAGCGGAUAUCAGUACUUCGAUGUAUUUUAUGAAAGCUGAUCAAUUUGCUCUAAUGAUUUUACGUUUUGCAAAUUUGGCAACUAUUUUAAAUUUGCUAAUACUUACACUUAACGAAUUCAUUUACAUUAUCUAUCCAUUUCAAUAUCGUCGACUUGUUACAAACACAAGGGUAGCAUUGUUAAUUGCAAUUUGUUGGAUAGUAGCUUGGGGAUUUACGCUAUCAAUUUUAUUCAUUGGCUCACGAAAGCAAUCAAUUUAUAUUAAACCGAAUUGUUUAAUGAAACGAAAAUAUUUGAGUAAUAGUAUGAAUAAUGAUCCAAUAGGAACAGCAACAGCAACAACAACAGCAACAACAACAACAACAACGACAACAACAACAACAACAACAACAACAACAAUAGCAGCAACAACAAAAACAGAUGGUACUUCGUAUACAUGGCGUUUACCACCGUGUGAAUUUAAUCGAACAAAGAAGCAAUUACGAAAACGAAACAAGCAUGUUCUUGUAAUUGGCAGUGUUUUGGCUAUCUAUACUGUUUAUCUCAUUUCAUACUCAGCUAUUAAAUUUUUAUUUGUUAGUAGGCUACAAAGUUCACGUUUGGGUAUCUCACGUACGGCUAUGUAUUAUUUACGAUGGGUUUUUCAAACGCUAAUGUGUUUGAAUACACUCUUACAACCACUUUGUUAUUUUCGGAUGCAUGAAUUUCGAAGCGCUUUCAAAACCGCUAUAUUUCGUUGUAAUCACAAUGAAUUGUUGACAACUGAGAGUACUUAUCCAUUUAUGAGAAUUCGUCGGCAAACAACUCUACGAAGUGUUGAUAAUAGAAGUGAUAAAAGUGAACGAACUAAAAUUACGCAUAAUUGUUAA